AUGGGGGAACCUACAUCUGCCUGCACUACAAACCGCCAACCUAUUCUGGGAAACCUCAAAAGAAAUAUGAUACCCCAGCCUUUAGAGAAGAAGAGAAAACUUUUAUCCGAGACUAAGCGGAGACGUCGUGAAAGAUCUGAACUUCCUAUGAGGCAGACCAGCUGCAUUUUCAAGAGGCCAGUCACAAGGAUAACUUCCCAUCCUGGCAAUAAGGUCAUGCGCAAGCUGCAAGAGAACAACUUGGAGAAGCCCCAGCAAGUCUGUGCAUACAGGAGACUGCAGGGACUCCAGGCCUACAGCAGUGAAGGGGAGCCUUUAAAUACACUGGAUGCCAUGAAUACAAUCACACAGAGAAGCGCAGCUGGUCCUGGGCCUGUAUGCACCAGCCCCGAGCCCACCACAUCAUGGUCUUCAGAUUGGGCCGAGAUGAUCCCAGGGGCAGGUCGGUGUGUCCCACAGCUUCUCUGCAGACAACCGGUUACCCGUGCAGAUAUCCGGAGACAGACUCUGAAGGUGAAAAAGGCAAGAGAGAGACUGGCUGCAUCCUUGAGGGAAGACAGGCUGGCCAAGGAGGCAGAGAGCCAGGAGCCCAGAAGGACGUUGUGAAAACUGAGUGAAAAUUAUGAGAAGUUUGUGCCAGAAAGUCCAGUGGUGUGGCUUUUAGGAAGCGGUCCACCGAGACUGCUCUCAGUAUACCUGUUUCCCUUAAUGUUAGUCCUG